CACAGAGGCUCUAUGUGAUGGACGUGUGGCAGCACACUUUCAUUUUCUCCUGCGACCUAUAGAAUGAUUAAUAACGCCAAGAAGUAGAGCGAAACAACUUUUCAAAUUUACUGAGGAUAUUGACUUUUCUUUGUUUGACUGAACCAAAGGAAUUUAGGAACAUAUAGUACAUUAUUCAAGAUCAUGUUUCCCCGAACGGUGUACAAUAUUUUGUCUGCUCCAAAACCAAGUGAGUGUCCUCCGGCGGCAGCAUUUUAAGGCAUCAUAGGCCCGCCCCUGACGCGAAGGCUGUUCCAAAAGGGCACAGCAGGUGGCACGCUGGUCCGAAACUAUGGGCUACUCUGGGUCUGAGUUGGGUUGGAUGAGGGCCCAUCUCUGAGAUGUCUGGCCUUCAGCCCUGGUACCUGUCUCAGUGAUGAAGAGCAUCCCUACCAUCCUCCUCCUCACUCUAUCUGUCUUGUCCAGAGCAGAGAGUGGGAAGACGGUAAAGGAUACAGUGCAAGAAUGGAACAGGUAUCGGAACGAGUGCCUUGUAAAGAUUGCCUCAGAUUCCACCCCCUCAGGAUUGUUUUGCAAACGCAUGUUUGAUAUGUACGCUUGUUGGACAGAUGGAGUGCCAAACACAACUGUCAAAGUUCCCUGCCCCUGGUAUCUGCCUUGGUAUGAUCAAGUGUACAAUGGUUUUGUGUUGCGAGAAUGUGGUCCAGAUGGCCAGUGGCUCACCGUCAACAACAGUCGCACCUGGAGAGACCACUCACAGUGCAGUGCAGAUGGCAGCCAGCAGAUAGCACAGGAGAAUCAGAUGUUGAUCUUGGCCUAUUUCAGGGUGAUGUACACAAUCGGUUACACUCUGUCUCUGAUCAGCCUGUCUUUAGCACUCGUAAUACUUCUCAUAUUCAGGAAGCUCCGCUGCACACGUAACUACAUCCACACCAACCUGUUUGCCUCGUUCAUCCUGCGAGCCGUGUCCAUCCUCACAAGGGACGCACUUCUUGUGAAAGAUGCUCCUGAGUUCAGAGACAACAAAGAUGUUUCCACCAUUCUGAGUGACCAGGCUAUGUUAGGCUGCCGCGUGGCCCAGGUCGUGAUGCAGUACUGUGUUGGGGCCAACUACUACUGGCUACUGGUAGAAGGUCUGUAUCUUCACAAUCUGCUGGUGCUGAUGGUUUUCUCAGAAAACAGCUACUUCUGUGGAUACCUCUUCAUCGGCUGGGGAGCGCCUGUGCUCUUUGUGGUGCCUUGGAUAGUUGUGCGGUACCUGUAUGAGAAUACAAGGUGCUGGGAGAUCAACGAAAAUAUAGGAUAUUGGUGGAUCAUCCGGACGCCAAUACUUUUGGCCAUUUUAGUGAACUUUUUUAUAUUCAUAAGGAUUAUUCAGAUCCUCAUCUCCAAAUUAAAAGCACAUCAGAUGAGAUAUUCAGAUUAUAAAUUUAGGUUAGCGAAGUCCACCCUGACCCUCAUUCCCCUGUUAGGGAUUCAUGAGGUGGUGUUUGCUGUGAUGACAGAGGAACAGACUGAGGGCGUACUUCGCAAUGUCAACCUGUUCUUUGAACUCUUCUUCAACUCUUUUCAGGGUUUUCUGGUGGCCAUAUUGUACUGCUUUGUCAAUAAAGAGGUGCAGUCAGAAAUCAAAAAGAAAUGGCAAAGAUGGAAGCUAGGAAUAAGCUUUUUGGAUGAUCACCGUAAUACAGGUAGCAACACACAGCAGGGGGGUGGUGGACCUCAAUGCUACCAUGACCCUCCCUGCUCUCCAGACUGCCCUCUGGACUGUGGCAGCCAGCUGUCUUCUGAACACACACCCACAGACACCCAACCAAACAUUCAGCAUCACUACCAUCCUGAAGCAAAGAAAGGCAAGGCAUACUGUUACAUCUCUGCCCAAAAGCAGGUUCUGAAUGGACUGGAUGUGCCAGCUUUGCCCCGGUGUGGUGGAGAGAGAGCUGUGAGAUAUUCUGAGAGCUACUGUUGAAAGUGACCCUGACAAGUUCAGAUUUCUAAGGAAUUACAGAAUUCUGGCCAUUAAUUGGAUGAUUGCUUGCAGCAGAUGAUAACAAAGAUGGAUAUCAUGGAGUAUCUUGGAAUAUGAAGUGACUAGCACAAAUUGUGUCCUUCAUGGAAUGGUUUUAUAAGGACACCUUUAUCAGAUUUAUUUGUAUUAUUGAAAGAAUGUUCCUAAAACACAGUACACUAGAACAAUCACUGGAAGUCCAUUGUCAUGCUUGGCAAAACACUCCUUUUUUGUUCUUUACCACUUUACCUUGUUUUGGAAACCAGAUUAGUUCUAUUAUGUGCCAAUGUUGUUGAUCAACUUAAAAACUGUGCAAAUGAGCACAAGUCAUUUAAAUAUUUUGAUUGCAUGAGGAUUAUCUGUUGAAAGUAAUCAUUGCAAUAUAUUCACAGGUAAGGCACACAAAAAUCACCUAGCCUACAAAGUUACCAAAAUAACGAUCCCUAAACAGUAUUUGGACACUUAAGCCACACUAAAAUGUAUGGAUUGUAUUGCAGUACACUAAAAACAAAUAACUUUCACUAUUGUGGGGUUUACUUGAUCCUCCCAUGUUAAUAUUACAAAAAAAUAUGCAUGUAAUGAAGGGAACUUAAAUGAACUGUGUUGAUUUAAAUGAAAAAUUUGUCAUCAGCUUUACUUAAUCAAUUUAUGUUGGAACAACUUUAAUAUAUUUUUUUGGUUAACUGAAUCUGGGCAGAGGAUGUCUAGUUUCCAGGAUGCUUUGCAUGGGACUCAACAGGGAGAGUACAUUUUUCAAUUAAGUUUUAUUUUGUGUCCUUGUGCAAGAUGAACAUAAAGGGGAAACUAAUUUCAAACAUGUGGAAUCACAGUCCAUAACUGAAUCAAGUUCAGCCAAAUAGUUGUUUUUAGAGUAGAUUUCAACAUAUCAACAUCAGUGACAUCUGUAAAUGCUAAACUUUUUCUCAGAAUUAACUUUACUUGCCAUUUUUUAUUUACUUUUUCUCAAUUGGUCCCAAGGUAAUUUGUAGUGGAUGUAUGAAGUCAGUUCCAUCAAGUUCACACAGGUGUCUUUACAUUGUGACCACAACAGGUGUAGUUCAUCAUUAACUAUGGGCAUGUUGCUCUAAGUUUAACAACCAGAAAGUGUCCAAUUUGAAUGUGUCUUUAUUUAAAAACCCUCAAAAUCUUCUUUUUGUGAUUUGUUUUUCGUGUGUGUUAUUGUACUAUCAAUAUGUGUAAUGAGGUAAGCUGACUUCACACAUCCAUUAGAAAUGACCUUGGGACCAGUUGGGUAAAAGUAAUUACUAAAAUGGCAAGAAAAGCUAAGUUAAUUUUGAGAAAAUGUCUAGCACAGUUUACUUGCAGAUGCCACUUUGAUAUCAAAUCAAAUCAAAUGAGCAUUUUAAAUGUGGCUUAUCCAAAUUAUUUUGGGGCCAGUGGAUAGCAUACACAUAUCACCCACCACAAAGAUUGUAUAGGACCAAAAACUGGCUUACCAGUAAUAGUUUCAAAUAUUCAUAAUCCGUUCAUAUUGUUUUGUAGUUCAACACAACCUUGUGGUGAUGUGAUAAGUACCUCUUUAGGCAUUGGUUAUCUUAUAUGGGGGUGCUCUUAUGUAACCUCUGGAGCAACCAGGUCUUGCAUACUCACAGCAUUCCCUUAAAUAACAUUAGAUCUAAUUCCUUAUUUAUGGCUCCACAUUCCACUCAGUGCUUUAAUCUCCUUUCAUUCAGUGCCAUGACAGAGUGCCCAACUGUGAUCUGUAUUUCUACAACAGACAUUAAAGUGGAUUGGCAGGUGAUUUAGUUAACAAGCAACAGUAACAACAGUUUCAAACUUGGUUUCUGUCUCCAAAACUCUCUGAAGUUUUAACAGACCCAGCUAACUGUCUGUAAUGAUCGGCAAUCUCUGUUUGACAAGUACUGUAGAUGUUUUUCAGUGCUGCCAAAAGGGUUUUUAAUAUUCAUUGGUCUAUAGAAACUUUUAAAGCAGUGAUUCUCCACCUUUUUGACUCCAACUCCCCCAUUGUCAGAGUAAAUAUUCAAAAAGCCUCCCAUGUAGGCUAUUAGAUAUUUAUAAGAUAUAUUUAUUAUAAGAUAUGUCCUUAAAACUUCCAGAAAUGUUUAGAACUGUAUAUUUUUCAUAAAAAGCAAGCUGUUGAAGGGAGUUAUUACAUUUUUAGUAUUUUCAGUAAGUUCACUUAUAAUAAUUAAUAAUCUAAAAUUGUAAUAAUCUAUUAUAUUUUAAAUAAUUUUAAGAGAUCUUGAGGUCCCCCUGGAAGUGUGCUGAGGCCCCCUAGUGGGUCCCGACCCCCUCGUUGAGAACCUCUGUUUUAAAGUACCCUCAAGGUGAUCCAGAUGACUCAUUUGAGAUCUAAUUUGCGCUGCUCUAAGUGACUGAAAAGCUACUCUGUUCAGCUAUUACAGCAAACCAAGCAUAACUUAUAGAUCUGGGGACUGCUUUGAUGUUGUCACCAUAAGGCAAUGAUUGGUUAAUGGUAAAAAUGAGUCAGCAAAGCCAGAGCAGAGUGUAAUGUGUGUGUUACAUUUACCUCUCAGCAAAUAUUUUAGAUCCUCUACUUUAGAAUCUCUUCACUGGACACAUUUUUUCUUGUCUGGUUGAGUGGCACAGUACAAAUAGUAAAUCUGCACCUUGGCGAUUUUGUCACCUACAUAAUUAUGACAUCCUAGCAUGAGCAUCCACUGUGAUUUACAUUUACAAGGCAUUCACCAAAUACAUAAUGUCACUUUUAAAUGCUUGAGGGUCCACGUGCUUUAAGGUGAAUGUGGUUAUACCAUUACCUUCAUAUUAAAGACCCCAUGAAAAUGCUUGAAGAGCAGUUUUCUUUUGACGUAUUGCCUUUUGAAACAGGACAUUUGAUGUGACAUAUCGAAGGGCUUGUGCCAGUUUUUAAAUAGUUUAAUUAAGUCACAGCCAUAAACACUGAUUUGCUGCUUCUCAUGAUUUGUUGGUUUUAGGAGAAGCGACAUUCUAAUUUUUGAUAACAUUUUAAUAGACAAAAAUUGUGCAAUGUCAAUCUAAUUCUGGAUUUCUUCAGUUUUCCCAGAAAUUACUGUACAUUUUAGUUGCAUAUAUCAGGUAAAGGUUACUUUUUUGCCAACAUUUUGGAGUACACUAACAGAUGCUUCAGAGCUAAUAGACAUGGGCUUAGAGCCACAAAACACCAAUUUCGAUUUUAAUGCGGGUCAAUCCACUGAUAGACAUCUGAAGCCACCUAGUGGAUGUGGUCAGAUCUGCACUGAUGUGUUGUAGAAUUGUUUUUUAUUUUUAUUUUUUUAAGAAUAGAAUUCGUGUAUCAUCUUUACAGCGCUGAAUUACAUCACACUGGUGCAAACGUGAAUUCAAACAUGUCAUAGUAUGUAAAAGUUUGGUAGGAUGUUAUUGUAGUGCUCUGUUGAAAGGUCUGUCCUGAACUGAAGCCUGUGAACAAAGAAACACAAAGCACUGUGCCGACUCUAUUUGGAAUAGAGGUCACAUAUAAUAUUGUUUCUCCUGUUAAACAGUAGCUCCCAGCGUAACGCUCAUUAAUCUCUGAUUUUACAUAUUGUCAAUUGUAAUUCAUCUGAAAGAUGAUUAUUAAACUAUGGUCAGCUGCCAAAAGUAGUGGGUUAACUUCUGUAACAGCUGGACUCACCGAGAACAGGGAUGACAUUCCCUUCCAAAACAUGAUAGCUAAAAGUCAUUGUUGUAAUUGCCAGAAAACAUUUGUGCAAUAAUGACAUUUGGAUACAUUUAUUUAUUUCCAUUAAAGCAUCAAACAGGCCUUGGAGUAUGUUGAUUUUUUCUCUCUCUCUCUCUCUCUCUUUAAUUUAGGGUUCUGUUGUGUUCUAUAUAGGGUGACAUUUUUUACUGAUCAAUUAGAUUUUUAUUUAAAAAAUUUAUAUAUAUAUAUAAACAUAUCUGAAAGGGAAACCCACAUUCACAUUCAAUGUUGAACAAGCCACACUGGAAAAAUAACUGUUAUUAUAAUGAUUGUGGACAAUAUUAUACCUGAUGUUCUCCCUUACUCUAAAUUACUAUUUUGAUGCAGAAAUGAAUGGCAUGGAAUUUUCUUUGGCAGAAAACAUUAAAACUCGGCUACUCCCAGGAUGUAAAGAGUCAAUAAUGUGAUACAAAUAUUUUUUUUGUGUUUUUUUUUUUUGGCAAAAAUCACAGUGCAUGUUUCCACAAAUAAAAUCAUCUUGAAUACUAGUUUAAAUAAAAAAAAGGCAGGUCAAAAUCACCAUAAAGUGCCUUUGAGACUUCACAAUUUCCACAAAAAAAUCUGAGAUUUUCCAUUUAACUUUAUAUGUUUUGAAUUAAGGAGACCUUAGGCUGUUAGAAAUGCAUAUUGGUCAAGCUCCAGCACUUUUUAUAAAUUUAUAAAUUGCCUGCCCAAAAAUUACUCAAAAUAUCUAUCAUAUCAUUAUGAGCAUUUCUGUAUAAACCCCAACAACUCUCUCCUAAAUGUUUUAAAAAUGGCAACAAAGUUACUCAUUCAAAAACAGAGAAAACAGGAAGCGUAAAACAGUGUCAUUUAUUUGCUACUGUACAUUUAUGUUAUGAUUAUUGGAAAAAUUUGAUGACAGUGACCUCUAUCACUGUCAUUCUUAAGUCUUGAGAUUUACCUGUAUUCAAAAAUGUUUUCUCUUACAGAAAAUAAUCUAUUAAAACAGGAGUAAAUGUUUCAAAAGUACACUUAAGUAUGUGUGCAAGUAAAAAUCACUGACAACACAAACCAUUAGAUUGGAAAACUAUGAAUAAGCUUUGUGUGAGUGUCUUCUUGCAGUAAUUAUAAUGACCAAACACUGGUAAAAGGUUGAAUAUAAUAAUAUUACCUAAAGGUUUGUGUUGCAUUAAAAGCAAUAAAUGCAUUAAUUGGCACUGGCCUUAAGAAUUUACCAUUAUGCUAUCGCGAUUGAUGUAAUGAACACCCCUGUUCUAGAAAAUAAAACUACUCAAAAGUUUGAUUGAUGACAUAUUUCUUUUUCUGAUAAACAUCUAGAUCAUUUUAUUCCCCAGCCCUAUUGAUAACAUUGCAUUAAUCUCUCACAGCAGCCCAAUAUUCUCAGUGAUAUAUAGUUCAAUUACAGGCUACGUUAUAGACGCAAAAUCUAGUAAGCAGAAAUUUUUAAUUUACCUUGUGGAGCAGAGGGGGGCGGGGCCGGGCUAGAAUGUUGCACCCUCAUGCCAUCUAAGAUGUGUAUGACUUUCUUUCUUCAGAAGGAUUUUUAGAAGAAUAUUUCAGCUCUGUAGGUCCAUUCAAUGUAAGUGAAUGGGUGCCAAAAUUCUGACACUCCAAAAAAGCACAUAAAAGCAGCAUAAAAGUAAUAUAUACAACUCUAGUGGUGAAAUACAUGACUUUAGAAUUUAUAUGACAUGUGUGGGUGAUAAACAGGUCAAUAUUUAAGUCCUUUUUUGCUAUAAAUUCUUCUCUCAGCCCAGUAGGUGGUGAUAUGCAUGAAGAAUGUGAAUCACCAAAAACACAAGAAGAAAGUGAAUGUUAAAGUGGAGAUUGACUGAGCAGGGAGGAGAAUUAGUAAAAAAAAAUGGAAUUCAAUAUUAUAAUAUCGCUUCUGAAGACAUGGAUUAAACCACUGGAGGCACAUGGAUUAGACUACUUUUAUGCUGAUUUAUGUGAUUUGUGGAGCUUCAAUAUUUUAGCACCGAUUCAUUUUCAUUGUAUGGACCAAAAGAGAUAUUCUUCUAAAAAUAUACAUUUGUGUUCUGCAGAAGAAAGUCAUACACAUCCAGGAUGGCAUGAUGGUGAGUAAAUGAUGAGAGAUGAGAAUCAUUUUUGUGUGAAUUAUUCCUUUUUAAGUGUGAUGUAGCCCCUGAAACAAACAACUUUUCCCAUGCCUGCUCUUCCUCCUC